GCUCGCUCUUGGGCUUGUAUAUCUUUCCUUCUUUAUGCGGCCCGUUAGCAUAUGUGGCGCGUUAGCAUCAGUGACGAAUAUAUCACGUGAUUAGUCAUAUCACUGACUAACUAUGGUAAAAUUCUAACCAACCACAGUGAAUUUUAACCCAAGUCCCUUCUCUAUCAGAAUCUCCAAGAUCCUUACACCUGUCCUCAUCCAACGGCUACGAUUAUCUAACCAUAAAUUAUCCGCUUUCACAUCCUCCUAUAUAAUGUUCCGUCUAGCUUAAACCCUAAGCACAAAUCGUACACAGCGAAAACCUCAGUGAGAAAAAUCUAGAGUCAGAGAGAUGGCAAAUCCAAAGGUGUUCUUUGACCUUACCAUUGGCGGCCAGCCAGCCGGCCGUGUGGUGAUGGAGCUCUACGCCGACACCGUUCCCAAGACGGCGGAGAACUUCCGUGCUCUCUGCACCGGCGAGAAAGGCGUCGGAAGGAUGGGCAAGCCUUUGCACUACAAAGGCUCAACCUUCCACCGUGUGAUCCCAGGGUUCAUGUGUCAAGGAGGUGAUUUCACCGCCGGAAACGGUACCGGAGGUGAAUCAAUCUACGGCGCCAAAUUCGCCGAUGAGAACUUCAAAAGAAAGCACACCGGUCCUGGAAUCCUCUCCAUGGCUAAUGCUGGACCUGGAACCAACGGUUCUCAGUUCUUCAUCUGUACCGCUAAGACUGAGUGGCUCGACGGCAAGCACGUUGUGUUCGGUCAAGUUGUUGAAGGCUAUGAUGUGAUUAAGAAGGCUGAGGCUGUUGGAUCUGGAUCUGGCAGGUGCUCCAAGCCUGUUGUGAUUGCUGACUGUGGUCAACUCUGCUAGAUCUGAGGACGUUGAUGAUGAUCUAGUUUAUCCAUAUUUAAGUCGCCGUUUUUGGCUUUGUUUUUAAUUUUAAUCUAUCGGUUACUGCUUGCUUACUGUGGUUCUAGUUCUAGGGUUGUGCUGUAAUUGGUAUUGGUUCUGCUUCUACCAGUUUAUCUUUAAUCUUAAGACUAUGGUUUAAAUAAGAUAAUACUCUUGUUUCUCUGCUAA